GAGGGAGCGCCCCAGAAGCUAGUGCGCACGGAGUCUCCGGGACUCCGCGCUGCGCUGUUAGAGGCGCCGAGUGCCGUCGGGUCCGGAGGAGCUGAGACACCCGCAGUCUCAGCGGGAGCGGAUCCCCGGCGGUGGGGGCGCCCACCCACUGCGCCCUCAUGUUCCCUGCGCAGGACGCUCUGCCCCGCGGCGGGCUGAACCUGAAGGAGGAGCCGCUGCUGCCUGCCAGCCUGGGCUCGGUGCGCUCCUGGAUGCAGGGCGCGGGCAUCCUGGACGCCAGCACCGCGGCGCAGAGUGGCGUGGGCCUGGCACGAGCACAUUUUGAGAAGCAGCCUCCUUCCAACCUCAGGAAAUCCAACUUCUUCCACUUCGUGCUGGCCAUGUAUGACCGGCAGGGGCAGCCCGUGGAGGUGGAGCGCACAGCCUUCAUUGACUUCGUGGAAAAGGACCGAGAGCCUGGGGCUGAAAAGACGAACAAUGGGAUCCAUUACCGCCUCAGGCUGGUGUAUAACAAUGGACUUCGGACAGAACAGGACCUCUAUGUGCGUCUGAUUGACUCCAUGUCCAAACAGGCCAUCAUCUAUGAGGGGCAGGACAAGAACCCUGAAAUGUGCCGAGUGCUGCUCACUCACGAGAUCAUGUGCAGCCGGUGCUGUGACCGGAAGAGCUGUGGCAACCGGAAUGAGACGCCCUCAGACCCCGUCAUUAUUGACAGGUUCUUCCUCAAGUUCUUCCUCAAAUGCAACCAGAACUGCCUAAAGAACGCAGGGAAUCCCAGAGACAUGCGCCGCUUCCAGGUGGUGGUGUCCACGACGGUGAGCGUGGACGGCCACGUGCUGGCCGUGUCCGACAACAUGUUUGUGCACAACAACUCCAAGCAUGGCCGCAGGGCGCGCCGCCUGGACCCCUCCGAAGGUCAGGAUCCCUGGCCCACCCCGGCUGCCACAGGCGCAGCCAGCCCCCAGUCCCCACCUUGGCGCCCGUCCCUGACCCAGCUCCUCUCCUGCCUCCCAGCUGCCACUCCCUGCAUCAAGGCCAUCAGCCCUGGGGAGGGAUGGACCACGGGCGGCGCCACCGUCAUUGUCAUCGGCGACAACUUCUUCGACGGGUUGCAGGUCGUGUUCGGGAACGUGCUCGUGUGGAGCGAGCUCAUCACGCCCCACGCCAUACGGGUGCAGACGCCUCCGCGGCACAUUCCCGGGGUGGUGGAGGUGACUCUGUCCUACAAGUCCAAGCAAUUUUGCAAGGGAGCCCCCGGCCGCUUUGUCUACACAGCCCUGAAUGAGCCCACCAUUGACUACGGAUUCCAGAGGCUACAGAAAGUCAUUCCCAGGCACCCUGGAGAUCCAGAGAGGCUGCCCAAGGAAGUGCUGUUGAAGCGGGCGGCCGACUUGGCGGAGGCCCUGUACGGAGUGCCCAGCAGUAACCAGGAGCUCCUCCUGAAGCGGGCGGCGGACGUGGCCGAGGCUCUGUACAGCGCCCCCCGAGCACCCGCACCGCUCGGACCCCUGGCUCCCAGCCAUCCGCACGCCGCCGUCGUGGGUAUCAACGCCUUCAGCAGCCCCCUGGCUAUCGCCGUCGGGGACGCCACGCCAGGCCCGGAGCCGGGCUACGCGCGCAGCUGCAGCAGCGCGUCCCCCCGCGGGUUCGCGCCCAGCCCCGGCUCGCAGCAGAGCAGCUACGGCAGUGGCCUCGGAGCUGGCCUCGGCGGCUACGGGGCACCAGGCGUGGCCGGCCUCGGCGUGCCCGGGUCCCCUAGCUUCCUCAAUGGCUCCACGGCCACCUCACCCUUUGCCAUCAUGCCCUCUAGCCCCCCGCUGGCUGCUGCCUCCUCCAUGUCCCUCCCGGCUGCUGCCCAUACCACCAGCGUCUUCUCCUUCUCGCCUGUCAACAUGAUCUCCGCUGUCAAACAGAGGAGCGCCUUCGCCCCCGUGCUGCGCCCACCCAGCUCCCCACCCCAGGCCUGCCCCAGAGUCCACGGAGAGGGGCUUCCAGACCAGCCUUUUGAGGAUUCUGAGAAGUUCCACUCUCCAGCCCGGGGGCUUCAGGGCCUGGCGUACUCCUAAUGACGGUCUACAGGUCUGGCCCCCAUUGAGCCCGACUGGAGGUGCCUCCAGGAUUCACACCCAUGUCCUGAAUGGCAGCACAGACAGUUCAAGGGCCUGGGCUGUGGGUAGACCUCAACCUACAGGCCUGAAUGGGGAGAGGACUUCGUCCCCAUGCUCAAGGUCCCCCCAGCCCUACAGGCUUCUCUCACCACCCUUUCUUGGGGCUGGUCGGAAGCCCCAACACUGUGUGGAUGCUCUUGGCAGGAGAGCAUCCUGGGGAGGUACUGGGAUGUGGGACCUCACUGGCUGGGUCCGUUCCUCUGGAAGAGAUGGACUUUGUGCAGACUAAGGGCAUUGGAUGACAGGAGCACAGGAAGGGGACUGUGGGAAAAAGGACAGCUCAGGGAGAGGUGGCCUAGGAAGGUCCCAUUUGCGUCGGACCCAUCUCACCAGCCCAGCAUCUCAACUUCUCUCCAGGGCAAGGGGGGUGCCCAGCAGCCUCAGGAGACCUUCCCAGGCUCCCAUGGAGCUUCUGAUGGCUGCUUUACCCCACGGCUGCCCCACUCCCAUUGUGGACUGCACACUCAUGCUUGCCACAUCAUGAAUCCCAGUGGGGGCUUCAGGCAUGGCGGGUGCAAAACGGGAUGCAGGCCCUCUGAAUUGUGGGUCUUCCCCCCAAUGGAUGUCUCAUGGACUCUGGCCCCCACACAUAUGACUUACUGGUCCCAUAGAAACAUGGAAUGGGCCCAGCUGCCCCUGGCCUCAAACUUCACUCUGCUGAGGUUGGAGAAAAUAAUAAACACUGAUGCAGGUGGCCACCCGGCCUCUCUUGCCUGCUUCCUUGGCGUGGAUCUACUUUUCUUAGUGGUUCUGCAGCUCUCAUGGGGGCCCCUCCAAACCGUAUCCCUGAACAGCCUUCUUGCACCUUGGACUUUUUCAACAGCCCCAGAGUUUAAUUAAGCAAGUAUUCCCUGCCCGGGUCUGUUCUUGGGAACUGUGGGGGAAGUGGGGAGCAGGUUGGGAGGCCUGAGGACCCGGAACACGGGCUCAGCCCUGAGAGCAGAAUCUGGCCACUGAGGACUGUUCCCCAGCUGUCCGGCCAGGACCAAGGUGGGAAUUGUCUGCCACCAAGGUGGGAGUCGCUGGGAACCACAACAGAGCAAACUAAAUACUACCCAGAUUUACAAAGACUCAGAAGUAAGAGCCUUCCUGACCAGAGGCUGCAGGGCCUCACCUGAGUUGGGCAGAGUAGCUUUUGGUUCCCAAGGUUGCUAUCUGAGCAAGUCCCAAUUCCCUACCCUCCUCCCCAGGCCUAAGCACCUUCUGGCUCUCCUAAAGUUUGGAAGGAGAGGUGGUAAAGGUAUAAGAUUCCUGGGCUCAGUUACUCCCUCCUGGGAUGAAUCCCUGUCAUCCCCAAGGCAUGUCCCCUAGACCCAAAGGUCUAGCUGGCUGACCCUGGAAGCCACUUUUUUGACCCACUGUCCAGGGAGCCCAGUAUCCAGCCCCAAGCCUCAGACUUUCUUCUCUCUUCUCCUGGCAACACUCCUUGGCCUCGAAACCCUGUCCUUCCUGAACUCGUGCUCAUGCCUUGCAGCCCUCUGGACAAAUACACUUGCUAAGGCAGAUGGGCUGGUCCUGCCACUUCCUUCUCUUGUGUUCUUGGCCAAUGUCUGGGACCCAGUGCCUUCUGGGUAGCCUUCUGGUCAUCCUGCCCUAUCCUCAGUGCUCACCUGUUCUCCCCCUCAGUUCCCACUUCCAGCCUAUGUUGCAGAGCCCUGGAGCCUGCCAGCCCAUGCCCUGCUCUCAUCAGGCUCUGAGCAGUUCCCAGUGCCAGGGUCCCUCCCAGGCUGAGCACCUGCAGAACUCUAAUCUGUACUGGAUACAGGUGGUUACUGGACAGUGGUCAUAUUCUGGUUCCUGAGAUGGGUCAGGUGCCAUUGGGUCGAUAGAUAUGAAUGAGAUGUACUAUCUAUUCUCAAAGAUCUGUCAACUACUCAAGCAACCAUUUGAAUCAACACUGCCCACUCCCUGGUCCACAGCAAGCAGAACUAAACAAUUAUGAUGUUUGCUAUGGACUGAAUUAUGUCCUCCCAAAAUUCAUACAUUGAAGCCCUCAUCCUUCCCCCGCCCCUCUGUGACUGUAUUGGAAGAUAAGGCCUUUAAGGAGGGUGAUUAAGGUUAAAUAAAAACAUGAGAGUAGGGACCCUAAUCUGAUAAAAACUUGUGUCCUUGUAAGAAGAGACUCCAAAGGUCUCUACACCAUGUGAGGACACAGUGAGAAGGUGGCUGUCUACAAGCCGGGAAGAGAGUCCUCAUCAGGAACCAAAUCAUCUGGCACCUUGAUUUGGUCCUUCUAAUUUC